GCCGAUGCGUGGGCCGAUGCCGCCCGCGGGCCGCGCUCAGGGACGGCUGCCCGGCCUGCCGUCGCCGGCGCUGUGCUGCGCCUGCGGCCUGUGCGUGCUGCUGGCGGGCCUGAACGUGACGCUGGUGGGCGCCUUCGCCUCCUUCCUGCCCGGGCACAACGCGCCGCUCGUCGUGGGGCCGGCGCUGCUGGCGCUGGCGCUCGGCUUCUUCGCGGCCUGCUGUGUGUGUAGCCGCCGGGGCCCCGCGCCUCGCUCGCGUGCAGCGGCGGCGGCGGCGGCGGUCCCGGGCCCGGGCGGCGGCCGCGCCGGGCGGGUGGCGCUGGAGAUGGAGAGCAGCGAGCGCACGGCGCAGGACACCACGGCCGUGCAGCUCAGCCCCGCCGCCUCGGCCGCCUCCUCGGGCCGCUCCAGCCCCGGCCCCUUCGCCCUGGACGCGCCGGCACCCGCAGCCGUCUGCGCGCCGCGCACCGAAGGGGGCCCGCUCGACCUGCCCCGGGAGCGCGCCGCCCCCUAG